AUGCUGGCCCAUGGGGAGUCCAUUUGCUUUGGAAGUCAAACCCUCAGAUUCCUGUUUGAGGUGGAGAAUAUGCUGACAUGGGAUCAAUUAGAGGGGGAAGGCGCCAGCGGCUCGGCCGAGCGCUCGGGCUCCCAUUGUAGCCGGAGUGCGGACCGCUGCGGCCAGCAUGCAGGGCUUGCUCAGACUUUAGUCACUCCAAGGAAUAGAGACACAGUCAGCCAUGGCCCCCAAGGAAGAGAGGCGGACGGGGGGAUUUCGUUCAUCUUUUGCUGUUUCCGAAAUAAUGAUCACCCAGAAAUUAUUUACCGGCCACGGAACGAUAGCAGUUUUGCUCUGCAGACCAUGGAACAAGCACUGCCCAUGCCCCCUGUGGAGGAACUGGAUGUCAUGUUUAGUGAACUUGUGGAUGAACUUGAUCUCACAGACAAACACAGAGAAGCUAUGUUUGCACUUCCAGCUGAGAAAAAAUGGCAAAUAUAUUGUAGCAAGAAAAAGGACCAGGAAGAAAACAAGGGAGCAACAAGUUGGCCUGAAUUCUACAUUGAUCAGCUCAACUCCAUGGCUGCUAGAAAAUCUCUCCUGGCUUUAGAAAAAGAAGAGGAAGAAGAGAGAAGUAAAACCAUAGAGAGUUUGAAAACAGCACUAAGGACAAAACCAAUGAGGUUUGUGACCAGAUUCAUCGACCUGGAUGGCCUGACUUGUAUUCUCAACUUUCUGAAGACCAUGGACUAUGAGAUCUCCGAGUCUCGUAUACAUACCUCGCUCAUCAGCUGCAUAAAAGCACUAAUGAAUAACUCUCAAGGCCGGGCCCAUGUUCUGGCUCAUUCUGAGAGUAUUAAUGUCAUUGCUCAGAGUCUGAGCACAGAGAACAUUAAAACAAAAGUGGCUGUGCUGGAAAUCUUGGGCGCCUUGUGCCUGGUUCCUAGGGGCCACAAGAAGGUUCUGCAAGCCAUGCUCCAUUACCAGAAGUAUGCUAGUGAAAGAACCCGCUUUCAGACAUUAAUCAAUGAUUUAGACAAAAGCACAGGACGCUAUCGCGACGAAGUGAGUCUCAAGACUGCUAUCUUGUCCUUCAUCAAUGUGGUGCUGAGCCAAGGCACAGGAGUGGAAAGUUGGGACUUUAGACUUCAUCUUCGCUAUGAGUUUCUGAUGUGAGGAAUUCAACCUGUAAUUGACAAAUUAAGAGAACAUGAAAAUUCAACUUUAGAUAGGCAUUUAGAUUUUUUUGAAAUGCUUCGCAAUGAAGAUGAACUAGAAUUUGCCAAAAGAUUUGAACUGGUCCACAUAGACACAAAAAGUGCCACCCAAAUGUUUGAGCUGACCAGAAAGCCCCUGACGCAUAGUGAAGCAUAUCCACACUUCAUGUCCAUCCUGCACCACUGCCUCCAAAUGCCUUACAAGAGAAGUGGUAACACUGUUCAGUACUGGCUACUACUAGAUAGAAUUAUACAGCAAAUCGUUAUCCAGAAUGACAAAGGACAGGAUCCCGACUCCACACCUUUGGAUGUUAAGAAUGUUAAGAAUGUUAAGAAUGUUGUACGAAUGUUGGUUAAUGAAAAUGAAGUUAAGCAGUGGAAAGAACAAGCAGAAAAAAUGAGAAAAGAGCACAAUGAGCUACAACAGAAAUUGGAAAAGAAAGAGCAGGAAUGCGAUGCGAAGACCCAAGAGAAAGAGGAGAUGAUGCGAACCUUAAAUAAAAUGAAGGAGAAACUCGAGAAGGAGACCAGUGAGCACAAACAAGUCAAGCGGCAGGUGGUCGACCUCACCGCCCAACUCCAGGAACUCAACAGGAGAACUGUUGGUGCUUCAAUCUCAGGUGGACACUCUCUGGGAGCCCCAGGAGGACCCUUUCCUUCAUCUGUGUCGGGGUCUGUCCUUUCACCUCCACCGCCUCCACCUCUUGCAGAUGGAAUGCCUCUUCCUCCCCCACCAGGGGGGCCUCCUCCUCCCCCGGGACCUCCUCCCUUAGGAGGGCCACCCCCUGGCGCUUCACUGGGCCUGGCCCUCAAGAAGAAGAACAUUCCUCAGCCCACAAACGCCCUGAAAUCCUUCAACUGGUCUAAGUUGCCUGAGAACAAACUUGAAGGAACAGUUUGGACCGAAAUUGAUGACACAAAAGUGUUCAAAAUUCUAGAUCUUGAAGACUUGGAAAGAACUUUCUCUGCCUACCAAAGACAGCAGAAAGAAACUGAUGCCGUCGAUGACACGCUGAGUUCCAAACUAAAAGUCAAAGAGCUUUCUGUGAUUGAUGGUCAGAGAGCCCAGAAUUGCAACAUCCUUCUAUUGAGGUUGAAAUUAUCCAACGAUGAAAUCAAACGAGCGAUUCUGACAAUGGAUGAACAGGAAGAUCUGCCCAAAGAAUUAAAACAGCUCCUAAAAUUUGUUCCUGAAAAAAGUGAUAUUGACCUCCUGGAGGAACAUAAACACGAACUUGACCGGAUGGCAAAAGCUGACCGGUUCCUUUUUGAGAUGAGCCGAAUCAAUCAUUAUCAGCAGAGACUGCAGUCACUAUACUUCAAAAAGAAGUUUGCAGAGCGUGUGGCAGAAGUGAAACCUAAAGUAGAAGCGAUUCGUUCUGGCUCUGAAGAGGUGUUUAGGAGCAGUGCCCUGAAGCAGUUGCUGGAAGUGGUUUUGGCUUUUGGAAAUUACAUGAAUAAAGGCCGGAGAGGCAAUGCGUAUGGAUUCAAGAUAUCCAGCCUCAACAAGAUCGCUGACACGAAGUCUAGUAUUGACAAGAACAUCAUGCUUUUGCACUAUCUUAUAACUAUCGUGGAAAAUAAGUAUCCCAAGGUCCUCAAGCUCAGUGAAGAAUUGGACAUUCCUCAAGCAACAAAAGUGAAUAUGACCGAGCUGGACAAGGAAAUAGGCACCUUGCGGAAGGGCCUGAAAGCAGUUGAAAUGGAGCUGGAAUAUCAGAAGUCUCAAACUCCACAGCCCGGAGAUAAGUUUGUGUCUGUUGUCAGCCAGUUCAUCACAGUGGCCAGCUUCAGCUUCACUGAGGUUGAAGAUCUUCUAGCAGAAGCUAAAGACCUGUUUACUAAAGCUGUAAAACACUUUGGGGAAGAGGCUAACAAAAUCCAGCCCGAUGAGUUCUUCGGCAUUUUUGAUCAGUUUCUUCAAGCUGUGUCAGAAGCCAAACAAGAGAAUGAAAACAUGAGAAAGAAGAAGGAAGAGGAAGAACGCAGAGCCCGCAUGGAAGCUCAGCUCAAACAGAAGCGUGAAAGGGAACGCAAACUGAGGAAAGCAAAAGAGAACAGUGAAGAAAGUGGCGAGUUCCACGAUCUAGUCUCAGCUUUACGCUCGGGAGAGGUGUUCGACAAAGAUCUCUCUAAACUGAAACUGAACCGCAAACGGAUCACCAACCAGAUGACAGACAGCAGCCGAGAGAGACCAGUCACCAAGCUGAAUUUCUAAUUUUUCCUCCAACCUUUUAUAGAAAACUCAUUAGCAACCCCUCUGACGUGACUAGAACGUUUCAUUUAUACUGCCUUGUAAUUUCGCACAGUGGCAAAUUUCUUCUAUCCGUGAGUGAAUGCGUGAAUGUAUGUAAAUGUAA